UGGGAACCACCGAGUUGGCCGAGCCUCCGAACCGCCCAGAACGGCCGGAAGUCUGCGGGGCAGAGCGGCCGCGGGCGGCCGAGGCCCAUUUCCGGCGUCGUCCCGCGGGUCUCUCGGCCGGGACACGUGGAUCCCCACCCACCCAGCCGCAUGGAGGCUGUGACGUUUGGUGAUGUGGCUGUGCACUUCUCACGGGAGGAAUGGCAGUGUCUGGACCCUGGCCAGAGGGCCCUCUACAAGGAGGUGAUGCUCGAGAACCACAGCAGUGUGGCCGGACUAGCAGGAUUCCUGGUCUUCAAGCCUGAGCUGAUCUCCCGGCUGGAACAGGGGCAGGAGCCAUGGGUCCUCGACCUGCAAGGAGCAGAGGGGAGAGAGGCAGCCAGGACCUCCAAGGCAGAUUCUACAAUCGGGACCGAGAGUGAGCAGGCCUGUGAAGACAUUGACCGUCUAAAAUCAGAAUCCCAUGUGGUCAUGGUCAAAACCCCAUCCCAGGACUUUCCCCAGAGUCCUGGCUUUGGAGACGCCUCUGAUCCCGAGGUCUGUUCAGAGAGUCAGCCAACCUCCCUCUUCCAGAAAAACUGCUUGAACACAGGGACUGCAGCUCCCAGGGAGACCUUCGCCGAGGACGAGGCCCAGGGGUGUGGCGAGCGGGGGAGCGGUGGCCGCCUGGGUUGUCGACAUGAUCAAAGUCAGGGGUCCUUGCGAAGAUGUGACAUCUGUGGUAGGAGUUUCCGAUCUACUUCAGACGUCGCUCUGCAUCAGGAAAUUAAUACACAGAAGAGACCUAACAGCUGCCAAGAGUGCCAAAAAAAAUUAUCUGAUUGCUUACAGGGGAGACAUCUGAGUACCUUGCAUGGAGAGAAGCCGUAUGAGUGUGAGGAGUGUGGGAAGGUCUUCAGGUUGUGCUCACAGCUUACUCAGCAUCAGAGGAUCCAUACUGGAGAGAAGCCGUUUAAAUGCACCGAGUGUGGGAAGGCCUUUCGUCUGAGCUCGAAACUCAUUCAGCAUCAAAGGAUUCACACUGGGGAGAAGCCCUACAGGUGUGAGGAAUGUGGAAAAGCCUUUGGUCAGAGCUCUAGCCUCAUCCACCAUCAGAGGGUCCACACGGGAGAGAGGCCUUAUGGCUGCCGGGAGUGUGGGAAGGCCUUCAGCCAGCAGUCUCAGCUGGCCAGGCACCAGAGGACCCACACGGGAGAGAGGCCCUACCCAUGCCAGGAGUGUGGGAAGGCCUUCAGCCAGAGCUCAACCCUAGCUCAGCACCAGCGGAUGCACGCUGGGGAGAAACUUCAGCUCCCAAGAACCCCGGAUAGUCCCAGCCUGGUUGCACAUCAGAGGUUACACGCUACUGAGAAACCGUUUAAGUGUGACGAGUGUGGGAAGGCUUUCCGGUGGGUCUCCCGCCUUAGUCAGCAUCAGCUGACGCAUACCGGAGAGAAACCUUAUAAAUGCAACAAGUGUUCAAAGGCCUUUGGUUGCAGCUCACGGCUUAUUCGCCACCAGAGAACUCACACUGGAGAAAAACCAUUUAAGUGUGAUGAGUGUGGGAAAGGCUUUGUCCAGGGCUCACACCUAAUUCAGCAUCAGAGAAUUCACACCGGAGAGAAGCCCUAUGAGUGCAGUGACUGUGGGAAGGCCUUCAGCCAGAGCUCAAGCCUCAUUUACCAUCAGAGGAUCCAUAAAGGGGAGAAGCCCUACGAGUGCCUCGAAUGUGGAAAAGCCUUCAGCAUGAGCACACAGCUUACGAUACACCAGCGGGUGCACACGGGGGAGAGGCCCUAUAAGUGCAGUGAAUGUGGGAAAGCCUUCAGUCAGAACUCCACCCUUUUCCAGCACCAGAUCAUUCACGCUGGGGUGAAGCCCUACGGAUGCAGCGAGUGUGGGAAAGCCUUCAGCCGGAGCUCGUACCUCAUCGAGCACCAGAGGAUCCACACUCGAGCCCAGUGGUACCACGAGUAUGGGAAUACUCUGGAAGCUUCUACCCACGUGAGCCGUAAGAAAGUUAAUACUGUAAAGAAACUUCAUAAAUGUAAUGAAUGUGAAAAAAUAUUCAGAUGGCGUUCGCAUCUAAUUAUACACCAGAGAAUUCACACUGGAGAGAAACCUUAUAAAUGUAAUGAAUGUGGCAAAGCUUUUAAUAGGAGCUCAAGGCUUACUCAGCAUCAGAAAAUUCACAUGGGAUAGACCACUCACCUUUACGAAUGUGUAUAAAUGUGAAUAAACCUACAGCCUUAACUUAUUUUUUAUGGGAUCAUUUAUACUGACGAUUUAGAACGUUGUGAAAGAUUCAGAAUUGCUCUCUUAGGAGAGGGAGCAUUCAGAUUCACCUGAGGUGUAUGUUUAUUUGCUGGCACGUUUGACCUUCAGUAAAUCCCGUGUUGCUCACAUCAAGGUGCACGUGUGUAGCAUUUGAGUUCACAGAGGGAAGACCCCAGGUCCUGCGGACGAGGAAGAGGCAUAAGAAAAGCCCCGUGAGCCCCGCCAGACGAGUGGGUUGAAAGAAGUUACCCAGGACGUCUUCCUUAAGCAUCAGGUACUCAGACUGGCUUCAGCAACAAGAUAUGCUCACUCGUGUCCACGGGGCCCCAGGCAGCGCGGCCGGGUCCCCCUCACCUGACUCCCCCAGCAGGGCCUCUUUGGGGAGGAGCUGGCUCCAACAGCAGUGCCCGGGCCCGGGGACAGUGUCACUGGCCCACCCUACUUCCAGAGCCCAGCUGCUUCGGUUACGACAAUCAGACGCGCAGCCCUCACUGGGAUUCCCAGCCUGGCCCUCAGCACUGCAGGAGCCUCGCCUCAGUCCCGAGAACGCCACCAGAGGCUGGGAUGUGUGUUGUUGGCUGCUGCUGGCCAGACGUCCUCAAAACUCCAGGCACAGGGACUGCCAAAACGGGGGUCUGCAAGCAGACACACGAGCCCAUGCCUUCUCACAGGCCUGAGGAAGGUGGAGAUGCCUGCUCACCAGGAUCAGCGUGUCGGCGUGGUCAUAUGGGCCCCACAGGUGCUGAGCACCGGGUGCGCGUGAGUGAGCCCGCUCCGCCCACAUCACCUCCUCCCCGGGUUUUCUUUGCCAGCCCAGCCUGGAGAAACGGCCAGGGUAGAGUGGUCAGGACCCUUGACCUUCUUGGCACGGGCGGAAAGAACGUGCAGGGGAGAUCACCACUCCGCCCACCCCUCUGGUUAACCUGACUGACAGGCUGGGGCUGCGGAGCAGCUCACAGAGCAUCUCAUCAAGGCCUGUGAGCCACAGGAUGAGGCUGACGUGUAGCAUUGAGUCCAGCCUUGCUUGGGGCCCUGGACUCGGCAGCGGUGCCUCGGGACCAGGAGUGUCAUUUGCACAGGCUGCCACCCAGGACCACCCCCCUGAGACCUGCCGAUCUUUGGUGCCAUUGCCAAUAAUCACAGGCCAAGGGCGGCCUGCCACAGAGAGGCCAUUUCUCCCAUGCAUGGACAGGUGACCCUGAGGGACAUAGGUCACUUCAGGAUUUAUUGCAACACGACUUGGGUCACCAUCACACUGGUUGGUUGAAGCCCAGAUCGCCUUGUGUGACACGGCUCAAAAUCAGCCUAUGGGUUUGUAUCAGGGGAAACAGUGCCGCUCCGUGGGUACUGGAGGGCCUGGUGGGGCUGGGAACAGUGGAGUUCAGGGUGGCCGAGUUCACGUGAGUUUCCGUUCUCAGCACGUGGCCAGGGACUCAACCCCGCAGCAGCUCAGCCUGACCUGCCAGUUCGCCUGACACAAGGUGUGACAUGUUCUCAGGUUGCAGUGCUGUCUCUGGGGAUGAGGAUCGUCCCCCAACCUGCAUCUUCGGGGGUGUUCCCGCCCUGGGUGGAGGACGCCAUGCAGUCAGUGUGCCCCUUGCAGCAGCUGUAACCCCCUCUCCCCCGCCGUCCCCUGCUUCACCCAGAACUUGUGUCUGAAGGGUCAGUGCAAGAGGGCAGGGACCUUUACGGACUGUGCAGAGAUUAUGAACAGAGAUUAUGUCCCCGCCUCGGCUGCUGUGCUCAACCAGGUGGUCACUGCUGUCAGAGCCGGACAGGGUGGCCACAUGUGAGUGGGCUGUAUCUUAGGCUUUGUGAGCCACCCAAGGAUGGGACAAGAGUCAAGGUCCCGGUGCACAUGCCACAUGUGCCCUCCACUGGCUCCUGGUGCCAUCGUGCUGGAAGGGCCUCCCGAGGCCCCAUGCUCUCGCCUUCUGGCUCUAGGAAGGCUGUUUGUCACUGGGUGCACCGUCCCCACAAGGGAAUUGUCUCCUGGCCGCUUCCUGGUAAUGAUGGACAAAGGGGUGGAAGGCCUCUGGACUCCAGGUUCUGCACUGGGCGGGAUGCUUCUGUUUUCCCCUGACAGCACUUGCAGGCUGGCCAAAAAGGGCCAGAGGGACCAGCCUUAAAUCUGUUUCAGCACCUGGAUUCUUUCUGGAUCAACACGGUUCUAAGUCAGGGGCUGGCUGACUGUGUGGCCCUUGGGCCAAAUGCGGACCUGUGCCCACAUCUGUGAGGCCUGGUGAUCAGCCUGAGGCCACUGGGCCGGGUAGCUGUAAAGCCUGGGACCUACACAGCCCACAAAACCUGAGCCAGAGUCAGUCCUGUAAAUGCACUCAUGUCCGGGAAACUUAAUCACAAACAGGCAAGGAGUAAGGCAGCUGCUUCAGCUGUAGCCGAUCUGACAGCUUCCUGGCUUUGCUUCCGAGUCCCCUGUUGGCAGGACUCCUAACCACUUCGGCUUGGUGCUGCUCCCGUUCCAUGUUUGCUCAAAUCAACUUCAGGAUUUUAAUGUACCUGUUUACCUUUUAACAGGCCAAGAGCUAAGGAUGGUUUUUACAUUUUUAAAUGGUUGGGUGGGGGGGAAAGACUAUUUUGUGACAUUUGAAAAUUAUAUUGAAAUCAGAUUUCAGUGUGACCAAAUAAAGGUUCUUGGAACA